UGUCAGGUGUUUUUUGUUGAAUCGAUAUGUGACGAUCCAGACGUCAUCGCUGAAAAUAUUCUGGAUGUGAAGGUCUCCAGCCCAGAUUAUCCUGAGAGGGACAGAGAAAGCGUCAUGGAGGACUUUCUGAAGAGAAUAGAAUGUUACAAAGUGACCUACCAGCCUUUAGAUCCAGACGAACACGACAAGAACCUGUCCUUCAUUCAAGUCAUCAAUGUUGGCCGUCGUUUCUUGGUCAACAGGGUGCAGGAUUACAUCCAAAGUAAGAUAGUGUACUACCUCAUGAACAUCCACGUCCACUCCCACUCCAUCUACCUCUGUCGCCAUGGAGAGAGCCAUCACAAUCAGGAAGGACGCAUCGGGGGUGACUCAGAACUGUCAGAGAGAGGGAAACAGUUUGCAGCAGAACUGAAGGGUUUUGUGGAAGAGCACCGACUGACGGACCUGAAGGUUUGGACCAGCCAGUUGAGACGCACCAUUCAGACAGCAGAGGAGCUGGGCGUCCCUUACGAGCAGUGGAAGAUCCUUAACGAAAUAGAUGCUGGAGUGUGUGAAGAGAUGACCUAUGAGAUGAUCGAGGACAAAUACCCAGAGGAGUUUGCCAUGAGAGACCAGGACAAGUAUCAUUACCGCUACCCUGGAGGAGAGUCCUACCAAGACCUGGUCCAGCGGCUGGAGCCAGUCAUCAUGGAGCUGGAGCGGCAGGGCAACGUUCUGGUCAUCUGCCAUCAGGCCGUCAUGCGCUGCUUACUGGCAUAUUUCCUGGACAAGGGCGCAGAUGAUCUACCAUACUUGAAGUGUCCCCUGCACACUGUCCUGAAACUCACCCCUGUGGCAUAUGGUUGUAAAGUGGACAUGUUUGACCUGAAGGUGGAGGCUGUCAACACUCACAGGGACAGACCAUUUAAUAAAUUCCAAGUGGAUGCUGUGCCACCAGCUUUCCUCCGAAGGAACAGUUUCACUCCUCUGUCCAGCCAAGACCAGAUUAAACGGCCUCGUCUGUACAGCGUGGGCAACCCUCCGAAUGCUCGCAUGUUGCAGGCCCCAACUUUACCCAGCAUGCAAUUCUCUGAGGCGUCUGAGGGGGCUGAAUUGCUACAAGGCGAGGACGCUCUGAACGGUUUCAGCGCUGCAGACACAGAUGACUGUGUGCAGAGUGUCAAAGAAAGCACAUGAAGAGGUAUUUUCGGUACCUUCUUAUCUAUUACAUGGAACAUCUACGCUCUUCACUCACUCCUUCAUUUUGCCAUUUAACUCAGGCUUUUCCCCACAUGGGUGUAUCACCAGCUGUGACAGCCAGCAAUAAAAUCUUAACUUGCUUCAGCCAUUAAAUUCUUAAACACUGUAUUACACAUUGUAUCUGUGUAGCCUUGCAGAUUUUGUCUCUUUAGUUUUAGUGUGUGUGUGUGCACACAGUAGUCUGGACUGUGAUCCAAAUCAAUGAUUUGUAGUAACGAGAGACUGAAAAGCUUUCCAUUAGUUGCCAGGACAUUCCAUAUACUGUAGAUCACAGUCUUUUGAAGCUGUAUUAGAUGUAGAAUGUGAUUAAGAAUCAUAUACCUCGGUGGAAGGUGUUGCCUUCUGUUUCAGUAGAAGAGAGCGCCUCUCUUAAAGGAAGCCUUAAUUUGUUUUCAGAUUGUUUCUUCAUCUUUCCUAUUUAACAUUCCCACGUAAUGUGCAUCCUUCCUGUGGUAAUCUGACAAGAUGUUGUAAUUAUUUUAUUCUGAAGUUUAAUUUAAGCAUACAAAAUUGUAAUUUAGCUUGGGCAGGCACAAGCUGUAAAAGUCAAUUAAAUGUUUCGUCUCGCCCUAUAAAAAGUGCAUUAGCUACUGUGUCUGUGUUUUUGUCUGUGACGGUAGUGUCACACGUCUCUUCUAAGAAGCCUCCUCGUGUGUUUUGUUUUCUCCUCAAACAACAGCUCUUAUAUAUUCUGCCUUAGACUGUAAUAAUGUAAAGCUGAUCUCAUUUGAACCCCACAAAUAUGAUGCAAAUAUAUAAAGUGCUAAAAUGUUCAACAGUAUUGGAUGUUUUGUUGAGGUUUUAUGCUUGAUUUAUUUUUAUUUUAUUUUAUUAAGGAAAAGCAAAUCAGAGAAUCCGUAGUGCUAAAUUUAUAGAAUCCAUGUGGGAAACAUGUAAUCACAUUACUUUCAUUUUAAUGUUGCAAAUCAGUCAUUUUGCAGAAGUGCCUUAAUUUAAAUGAAUACAAGGCUGUGACACCAUUGAUCAAAGGACUUCAUGUAUUUAGCAAAAGUAUGUAACCUUUGAACUGAAGGAUUGACCUAAAAAAACCUCUUAAUGUUACUGUACACUUAUCUACUGAAUAAACUUCAUGUCACACUGU